CUCGAAUCGCGGCUGGCCGAGCACAAUCGCAGCGUUCUUCGAAAAAUGUGACCGCGUUUCAAUUUUUUCCUCUUUUUUGCGUUCGCCUGAUCGCUCUUUUAGUGUGGCAGCUUUCGAUUUUUCGCGGGGCCGAUACGAGGCAUUCGGAACUUUUGAAUUUGGUUUCGUGGAAAGUAAACCAAUGGAAGUAACCUAGAUUUUUCGGGAAAUUUUUUCGAGUUGUUCGGAGUGUUUGAUUCGUUGGUUGUCUUGAGAAUUUUGCUAGAUUAACUGGAUUAUAUACCGUACUGAAAUUUAUUUCCAAGAUUUGUCUUCAUUAUGUUGCAGUACUCAACAGAACAACUAGUUACAACAAUAGCACUUCCAACAAUAACAAUUCUACUGAUUUGGACAGUCGUUAUAUUCCACAAAAACAGCAAAAAAUGGGGCCCGUAUGACAUACCUAUAGUUUGCAUACUAGUAUUAUCAAUAUUCAGAAAUAUAAGCAUUCUAAGUUACCUCUUAAUAAAUACUCUUUCAGAUCCAAUUAGUUUUUCACUAGAAUAUUGCAGUGUAGUAGUCUGGAUUUUUAAUUCAGUUCACACCUUUCAAGCUAGUUCUUUAACCACCAUAGCUAUAAUAGGAUUAUUUUCUGUCAAAUUGUACAGAAAAAAUCAAAACUUGAAGCUGUUUCUCACCCCUACACAUAUAAUUUAUCACUUGUUCUGCCUGACAACAUUAUGCGCAUGCGUGGGUAUUGCCGCGGUCCUUGCUCAAAACGUUCCAAGAGAUCCAUUAUUCAAACUCAUCCCUCAAACUUCAUUCGAAUGCAAAUUCAUGCCCUUUAAUUUAGAUAUUAAAUUCAACAUUUUCAUUUUAGUUUUACAUAUGUUUCUAUCUGUGAUAUCGUUUAGCAGCUUUAUUAUAAUUUGUUACAAUUUCUGUCAUUCUAAAGACUCCAACUUCAAGUAUAUAAAAAAGUCGAACUCCGAUAUUAGCGACUUCAGUUUGGAGAACACUCUAAACAAGGAAAAUAAGGAUUAUUACGAUUCCUAUACUAUACAAAGAGGUCAAAAUGACAGCAAUAAUUUCUAUCAGAGCGAUUAUUGCGGCAACAGGGAUAUGAAUUGGAAUUCAGAUUUGUCCACGACUGUCAGUUCUGUCAAUUCGAAGCGGCCUUGCCUCGAAAGGAGCCUUCAUGAAGGACACGAUCCGGAGGAGAAUAGGACGGGUUUGGAGACCAUUCAUCCUGUGUUGAUUGUCUGUUAUUUGUUCUACCACUUACCCAUAAUCGUUUUAUGCAUCUAUCCAGAUUUAAUUCAUCCCUGGCCAGUAACAGGAAUAGCUUUAUGGUUAGGACUAGUCCAGGACAUUCUCAUACCCGUAGGAUUGGGAAUAGUGGAUUCAAGGUUUUGCAAGUGGGUUUCCAGCGUGUACAGGUGCAGUUCGAAUGUAGAAGAAAAAUUACCACAUGUCGGCCUAGCUGGAAAAUUUCGACCAUUCGGCCUGGGAAGUCAGCCUCAAAGUUUGGAAAUUCAGAAUACCGAAAGAAAUCUACCAGUUUUUCAAGCCGUCGAGCAUAGAUUUCCAAUUACCAAUGGAUCAUUGUAUACCAGCAUCGAUGGUAGGCUACCAGUUAUUCACAACUAUAGAAGGAACAAGGACAAUAGAAGAUGUACAAAACUCGAAAAACAUCAAGCCAACGUAGCUUUCCACAGCGCUCUCCUCAGCCAUCGCCACGACCACAUCGAAGGCUCCCCGAAAUUCCCCUCAUGCUCCAAUUGCGAGACCGACCUCUGUCCCAGCCACUCUAACUUGCACCAUCUCAGCACCAGCUACAUCAAUAAACAACUCAACCAGCUCAACCAGUUCAGCAAUCAACUCAACUCGUCCCAAUUUAAACCUGGCCAGUCCAACGCCAGUCAUUUCAAAAACAGUCAUCUCAACGGGAGUCAGCUCAAAUCUGGCUGUCAAAUCGGCUCUCCGCAUUUGAGAUUGCUGCAGCUCAACUUGCUCAAUCAAAAAUCAGCGGCGGCAAUUGAACGAGUCGUUCAUAGUCAGGAAUCGCUUCAUACGUUACCUGAUGCCGAAAACGCUCAUUUGUUCUACAGAAACUCCGACGUGAAUAUCGGGGCUAAUAGCCAGGCUGUGAAGAAUUCUAGAAAUCUGAUAAGGUUGAAUAAGAUGAGACUGAGUCGCAGCGAGGAUAGUUUAAACGAUUUGCAAGCUAAAGAAUUGGAUAAAAUUGUUCACAUAAACGCUCACACAAAGAAGCCGGACUCGAAACCGUCUCCACCAUUGACUCAAGAACCCAUUAUUCCUCAAAUAAAAGUCCAAGACCCAUCGCCAAUUGAAAUGUACAGCUCGGACGACGAAUACAAUACUGACAUCAAUGAAAAUUUCGACUCUAUGAGCUCGAAAAGUUGCUACAGUAUCACCACCGAGGCUAACUGCGAUUUCGAUUUCUUUCAUUCUAACAAUCACCAAAAAACCAUCACAGAGACAAACGAUGAAAUUGAGGAUGACCAAGGUUAUUACAUAAUCAAUAAUGUUAACAAUAGACCAGUUAUUACUUCUGUUAAACCUGUCAGUGAAAAGGAAAGUUCAGGAGAAGAUCUGAAAAAUUUUAGGAUAAGAAGAUCGAAUUCUAAAAGAUCACUAGAAAAUUUUCAAGCUUUCAUCGAAGUCGAAGAAAACCUGAAAAAUAACAACAGUAAACAAUUUACCCUUCAAAGGUCCAGCUCAUAUAUGACUCUGGAAGAUCGUCGCAAAAUCUUUAACAACGACAAAUUCUACAGAAGUAGCUGCAAAGAAAAAGAGUCCGACUACCCCCAAUUUCACGUGUACAGACAACGUGUCAAGUCUGAAGAGUACCUGCCCAAUACGACUACUGUCUAUAUAGAAGAUUCUAGUGGCUGUUUCGACAAAAGUUGUAAAAACAAUUGUGGUGAUAAUUGUAUGCACAGUAUACCCGAUUUAAAGAAAGUGUUUAUUUCUGAAUAUAUUUAAGUAUAUCUUACUGACUAUGAUUGUAAAUAAGAGUAUAAUUAUUGUUUUUUC